CUCCUCCGAUGGCCGGCCGGCCGCCCGCCAGCCGGCAGGAGCUCUCGGCGGCCUGGCACGCCCUAAGCAGCACCCUGGUGCCGGCCGCCGCGCUGGGUCUGAGUCCGGAGGCCCCGGCGGCGGAGGACGAGCUGCGGGCGGCGGCGGCGGUGCUGGAGAGCCUGGGCCUCCUGCCGGACCUGGAGGAGUGGCUGCUGGAAGUGAUGCAGCGGGACCUGCAGGCCCGGCUGGCGCCCGAGUUCUGGGGCCGGGCCGGCGGGGAGCGCCUGGGGGAGACCUUCGGGCUGCUGCGCCGCCGCCUGGAGCCCUACCUGCGCGGCUUGGGCCUGCUGGAGGAGCGGCUGCGGGCGGCAGGGCUCUGCGGCCCGGACGGCCCGCGCGAGAAAGGCGACAGCGUGCUGGCUGCCGUCCUCGUCAUCUCCGCCCCCGCCGACGUCCGCAAGGCCGUCCGCCGCUUCUACGAGCGCAGCUUCCGCAUCUACAUGGGGCAGCGCGGCGGCGGCGGCGGGGCCGAGGAGGAGGAGGAGGAGGCGGCGGCCGGCGCGGGCUGCGGCGGCGGGGAGGAGCCCUGCUGCUGCCCGCUGUUCACGGAGCAGUUCCAGCAGCUCACCGCCAUCCUCCACGAGCUGAACCUGCUGGAGCGGCUGAGCGACGACGCCGUGACCCACCUGCUGCACCAGACGAUCGAGGAGCGCGUGGAGAGGCGCUGCCGGGCCGCGUACGAGCGCUCUUUCCUCGGCGAGUUCCAAGAGUGGAUCGAAAAGGCGACCGGCUGGCUCAGCACAAUCUUUCUGCAAGAAACCGCCGCGGCCCUGCUCAGCCCGGCCUCCAGCAGCACCUUGGAGCGAUGGCGCCACUACGUCCAGGGGUGGUUCUACCACCGGUAUGCCAGCCUGCGCAUCGAGGAACUCUUCAACAUCAUCCGCGAUUUCCCGGAGUCGAAGCCGGCAGUGGAAGACCUGAAGUAUUGCCUGGAAAGGACCAAUCAGCGGCAGCAGCUCUUGACCUCCCUGAAAAGCGCCUUGGAACAACGGCUCCUCCAUCCUGGGGUGGCCACUGCAGACAUCAUCACCUUUUACAUCUCUGCCAUCAAAGCCCUGCAGGAGCUGGACUCUUCCACGGUGAUCCUGGGAGUGGCCUGUCAGCCCAUCCGGAAAUACCUGAGGACCAGGGAGGAUACCGUGCGGCAGAUUGUGGCAGGUCUGAUGGGGGAUGCUGAAGGAUUGGGUGAGCUGGCAAAUGAGCUCUCCAAAGCUGACCCGGUGACGCUGGAGAAUGACCAAGAGAGCGAGGAGGAGGACUCCGAUCCCGAGGACUGGGUGCCCAAACCAGUCUAUGCCGAUCGAGGGAAGUCCAGUUCCAAGCACCGUUCCUCAGACAUCAUCAGCCUGCUGGUGGGCAUCUAUGGCAACAAAGACCUCUUCAUCAGUGAGUACCGCACACUGCUGGCUGACCGCUUGCUGCAUCAAUGCAAUUACAACGUCGAGAGGGAGAUCCGCAAUGUUGAACUGCUGAAGCGGCGCUUUGGAGAGGCCCAGAUGCACGACUGUGAGGUCAUGCUAAAAGACAUGGGGGACUCUCGGCGUAUCAAUGCAAACAUUCGUAAUGAUGAGCAGAAGCUGCCGGAGCAGGAAAAGCCUUCCUUCAGCCUUGAGGCCACCAUCCUCUCCAGUGAGUUCUGGCCCCCGUUGAAGGAGGAGAAGCUGGAGCUCCCAGGGCUGAUCAAGGAGGCCAUGGAGGCCUACACUAAGAAGUACGAAAAGCUGAAGGCCAUGAGGACCUUAAACUGGAAGAAUCACCUGGGCUUGGUGGACCUGGAGUUGGAGUUGGCGGACCGUACGAUCUCCCUGUCUGUGUCGCCGGUGCACGCAGCUAUCAUCCUGCAUUUCCAGGAGAAAAGCACGUGGACCUUAGAGGAGUUGAGUGAAGCUGUGAAGAUACCUGAGGCCUCCCUGCGGCGCAAGAUGACCCUCUGGCUGCAGCAAGGGGUGUUGUGGGAGGAGCCCCCUGGGACCUUCACGGUGAUCGAGGAGGAGCUGAAGGACCAGGCCAAGAAGUUGGUGCUGAUCGAUAGUGAUGAGGAGGGGGAGGAUUCAGCCAUGGCCUCCCAGGCGGACCAGAAGGAGGAGGAACUGCAGGUCUUCUGGACCUACAUCCAGGCGAUGCUGACCAACCUGGAGUGUCUCUCCGUGGAGCGCAUCCACAGCAUGCUGAAGAUCUUCGUGAUGACGGGCCCCAUCGUGACCGAGAUCGACAUCCAGGAGCUGCAGGCCUUCCUCCAGAAGAAGGUCCGAGACCAGCAGCUCAGCUACUUUGAGGGAGUCUACCGCUUGCCCAAAAGCUGCAACUGAUCUGUUCACUCCUGACAGGUGUGGGUCACCCUCAGACUCUGGCCUGUGAUGCUGCCUUGUUUUGCCUUGGUGCAUGUGACCACGGGGUGUGGGGGUGUGCGCACAGCCCAAGGGGCUGCUAACAAAGCAUUUGUUUUGAUGGAUUUCCUGGUUCAUAAUAAAGUGCCUUCCCUUGA